UGUGGAUGUGUUGUGCGAUAACCUCGACUUGUCCUUCGUGUGAAUGCAGACCGAUAUCGGACUUCAGUCGCACUCGAGUGUCACGCGAGCCAAUGGGGACCGACUUCGGGACAUAUUCAACAAAUACGCGUCCACUGAAAAGGAUGGCGACCUGUUUAUGACACCCGAAGACUUCUUACAAUCAUAUUUAGGUCUUUAUAAUGACGAGAAUUAUAAUCCAAAGACUGUCAAAAUGUUGGGCAGUAUUCUCGACACAUCCAAAGAUGGUCUCAUAUCGUUUAUGGAGUUCCAGGCGUUUGAGGCGGUGUUAUGUCAACCCGACGCUAUCUAUAGGACGGCGUUUCAAUUGUUCGAUACCAACGGUUCCGGUUCUAUAACUCACGAUGAGUUUGAAGAGAUCAUCAAACAGACGACUUUACACCAGAAGAUUCAGUUUAAUUUCAAGUCUGAUUUCAUGGGAUUACACUUCGGCGGCGACCGGAAACGGACCGUCACUUACUCGGAGUUCUCGCAAGUGUUGCACGACUUCCAUGAAGAACACGCCGUCCAGGCGUUCAAACAGUUCGACCGAACCAAGAAGGGUGUCAUCUCUGCCAUGGAUUUCUCAUAUAUUAUGCUAAACUGUAAAAUACAUUUACUGUCGGAAUACGUGAAACCAAAUCUGGUAGCGGUGGCGGGCGGCGGCACAGGUGGCCAUAAUGUUACGUUCCCCUAUUUUAUGGCAUUUAAUUCAUUGCUCAAUAACAUGGAACUCGUCAAACGGAUAUACCUCUCGUUCACUAAAGGCAACCAUCAGUUGGAAAUGACGAAAGAGGAGUUCCUAUACGCCGCCCAACAGAUGUCUCAAUUAACACCACUCGAGAUCGAUAUCCUCUUCCAUUUGGCCGGUUUUCUGCAUCAGAGGACCGGAAGAGUCAGUUUUAUAGACUUGGAGCGCAUCGCUCCGUAUCGGCCCACGAGAUAUCUCUCUAAACCUUUUGCUGAAGUGAAAGCUGUGGAAAGCGCUGAGGAUAGAGGCUUUGGUACUCAACUUCUGGAGAGUCUCUACAGAUUUACUUUGGGUUCAGUUGCCGGUGCGACCGGCGCUACAGUGAAAACACGAAUGCAAAACCAAAGGGCCGGCUCUUAUAUCGGAGAACUGAUGUACAAGAAUAGUAUCGAUUGCGCCAAAAAAGUCAUUCGACACGAAGGAGUGUUUGGUCUAUACAGGGGUUUAUUGCCUCAAUUGGUGGGCGUUUGUCCCGAAAAGGCUAUCAAACUAACAAUGAAUGACUUGAUAAGAGACAAACUGACGACAGAGAAGGGAGAAAUCACUGGCCUUUCAGAACUCAUUGCCGGCGGAUGUGCCGGAGCGUCACAAGUCAUGUUCACAAAUCCAUUAGAAAUCGUGAAGAUUCGCCUUCAAGUGGCCGGUGAAAUAACCAGUGGUCCGAAGAUCAGUGCAAUGGGUGUUAUUAGAGAGCUAGGAAUUAGAGGACUAUAUAAAGGCUCAAAGGCGUGUUUCCUUCGGGACGUACCGUUCUCUGCGAUAUACUUCCCGGUCUACGCCCACUGCAAACUCAACUUCGCUGAUGUCAACGGACACAACAGUGCACUCUCUCUAUUAGGCUCCGCUAUGAUCGCUGGAGUUCCCGCCGCCUAUUUGGUCACUCCGGCAGAUGUUAUCAAAACUCGUAUUCAAGUGGCAGCGCGUGCCGGACAAACCACAUACACAGGAGUGUUAGAUGCUGUGCGCAAAAUAUGGAGAGAAGAGGGGUUCGUUGCCUUCUGGAAGGGCGGACCCGCGCGUGUCUUCAGAAGCGCUCCUCAGUUUGGGUUUACUUUAAUGACAUACGAAGUGUUGCAGCGAUUAUUGUACGUUGAUUUCGGUGGUCGCCGACCGACCGGUUCCGAAGCCAAAAUACCGGUCCAAACGGCAGAAAUUAAAUCUACAAAUCCUGAUCACAUCGGAGGCUAUCGUUUAGGUUUGGCCACAUUUACAGGAAUGGAAUCCAAGUUCGGACUCUUUUUACCGAAAUUUAAAUCAAACGUCUCAUGAGUUAUGGCUUAGAAAUAGUAUACAAUUAUUAAUUAAAAUUUAGGGUAAAAUGUUUUAAAUGGAAAUUUAAUCUUACAGUUAAGUCUAUAAAAAUGAGUUAAUUAUUAUUAACUUAUAUUUUGUGGACAUAUUUUUGAUGAUAUUUAUGCAAAACCGUUAGAAAUCAGGUAUUUUUCAAUUAUAUAUUUAAUAAAUUAUAAUUAAGUU